CAAUUCACAUAAUAUCUCUCUCGCUCUCUCUGUCUCUCUCUCUCUCUCUACAAAACCAAUUCACAUCAGAGACAAACUAUCAUUUUUGGUGAAAAAUUUCCGGCUGAGUUUAGAUAUUUCUUAUCGAAAGCCAUCGUUCAUCGAGUGUUUAAACAACAAUGGUCGACGUAGACCGGAGAAUGAUCGGUCUGAACCCGUCGCAUAUGGCCGGACUCCGCCGUCUCUCCGCCAGAGCCGCUGCAUCAACACCUUCCACUCCACUCCCAGCUCGAAACAGCCUCCAAUCUUUCACUUCUCUAGCUGAUAAAGUCCUCACCCACCUCAAGAACUCGGGUAUACAAGUCCUACCGGGCUUAUCUGACGCAGAGUUUGCCAGAGCAGAGGCCGAGUUCGGGUUCGGCUUCCCUCCGGAUCUCAAAGCGGUUCUCGCCGCCGGCUUGCCCCUCGGACCGGGCUUUCCCGACUGGCGCUCCUCUGGCACGGCGCGCCUCCAUCUCCGGGCCUCAUUAAACCUCCCCAUCGCUGCCAUCUCUUUCCAUAUCGCUCGAAAUUCUCUGUGGUCCAAAUCUUGGGGCCCAAGACCAUCUGAGCCUGAAAAAGCUCUCAAAAUCGCAAGAAACGCUCUCAAACGAGCCCCACUCCUGAUUCCCAUUUUCAACCAUUGCUACAUUCCGUGUAACCCUCCUUUAGCGGGUAACCCUAUUUUCUACAUCGACGAAAAUCGAAUUUUCUGUUGUGGGUUUGAUCUCUCCGAUUUCUUCGACCGCGAAUCUUGUUUGUUCCAAAGCUCAAACCCUCAGGUCUUGUCCAAACAACGAUCUGUGAGUGAAAAAUCAGCCGGAUCAUCGUCAAAUUUUUCGAGAAGAAGUCUUGAUACAGUCACCGGGGGACGAACGCCGAGAUGGGUGGAGUUCUGGAGCGAUGCCGCCGUGGAUCGGCGGCGCAGAAACUCAAAUUCGUCGUCGUCUUCCUCAUCAUCGCCAGAACGGUACAUCGACUUGCCAAGGUCUGAAAUGCCCAAAUGGGUUGACGAGUACAUAGGCCAGAUCGGGUCAGUUCUGAGACAAGGUGGGUGGGCUGAAUCGGACGUUUCAGAGAUCGUACACGUCUCAGCCUCCGGGUUCUUCGAAUGCGACAUGGUUUUGUUGGACAAUCAAGCGGUUCUUGAUGCUUUGCUUCUGAAAGCGGAUCGGUUUUCGGAUUCGCUCCGUAAAGCAGGGUGGAGCUCCGAGGAGGUUUCGGAUGCUUUGGGUUUUGAUUUUCGACCGGAGAGAGAAAGAAGACCGGCGAAAAAACUCUCGCCGGAGCUCGUGGAGAGGAUCGGGAAACUGGCUGAGUCGGUUUCCAGGUCAUCAUCAUCAUAGACCUGUUCUGGUUACCGGCAAACAUCGAGAUUCUUUUUCUCUUUUAGAUUUCCGAAGCCUCGGGUUUGCUUUUUUUUUUUUUUUUUUUUU